GCGGUAUCGAUGUUUGCCACAGGUCUGAAAUAGGGUAUGGAAAAUCACAGAUUUUGUUCUGAAAUAGGGUAAAGGUUUCAAUUUUUAGGCUGCACACCCCUACCAAAUGUAAAAGCAUUGGGAACUACCUUUUCAAUGAGCUCUAUGGAAUUUUGAGCAAUGUUAGUUUACGGAUGAGCCUGGAGACGGGGCAUUUGCUCUCUUUUUCUGCUCUCCGGCCUCAGGGCAUUUAGCCCAUUUAUUUGUCCCCUCCCCGAGAGGAUUUGCCACUAUUGACAGGGAUAGGCACUACUGGAAAUGACUGAUGUACUGCUCGCAGGAUUGAUGCGGCUGUAGCCUAGACCUACAGUGAGGGACCAACAUAGGUUUGGCGGGUUGCGGGAUGGGAAUAAACAUAGUGGGGGGAUGCGGGAUUGAAAAAACCUAUUUGAUGUUGGAUCCUCUGCAGUCAUGAUGGGAUCAGUGAUUUGUCACAAUGAGACAAAACAUCACAAAAGUGGGCUUUUAUUAAACUAAGACCACUGUAGGAGAGGGAGAUGUAUAGUUUUUGGUGUGAUUGCCAUGGUAAUUGAAGCGAGACGCGACGUCUUUUUUGUAUUCAGGUUACGGCGCGUUCCUGUGUGAUUGAAAGAGUCUGAAACCUAGAAGACUGGUCACAUGGUUGUUUGAAACAAAAUGGCGGUUUGCUUGUAGGGAAUAUAGCCUUCACUUCUUCGUAAUAUUUCUUCGUUUGUUUGCGAUGGUAUUUCCAGAUUUCCAAGAAUAGGCAGGAUCAUGACAACUGGUAUUCUCUCACAACCAGCCCAGGUGGGUUUUAACUUCCCAGGCUUAAGUCAACCAGUCAGUGUUCCUCAGCGUUCAAUGCCGAUACCACAUGGUGGACCUGCCUCCCAUCAAAUGAACCAACUGCAAUUUAACCUAGGAAUACCAACAUCUGCUGAGCAAUUUACAACAAAGUUUAGAAAACCACAGCCAAUAGUUAUAGAGAAAAUAAGUGAGCAGCCUCAAGUGCCACAUGUAGUUCCUCAUAGCCAUGUGACUACUCCAGUUGUUUAUCCUUUGGUGUCGUCAGUCUCAUCAUCUAUAUCAAGUGAUCGGCUUGCACUUGCUGUUCAUUUGGCCAAGAAAGAUGUUAAAAAGUUAAAAGAAGUUGGCUUUGAGAAUGUUUUUGUUUCACAAGAGGAAGAGACACAGAACAGGCAUGUUACGGCUACAGGUAAAGAAAAAGGUGUUUCAGGAAAGAAGGUUAGAGGGAAGAGUGGCAAAUCUAGACCUCAAGCUGUUUCGUCAGAAGACACUGUCACUUUGCGUGACAGGGUUCAUAACACUGUAAAGAAGCAGGAAGCAGCAGGAAAGAGACAGCAUAGGUUAUACUUUUACCCAGCUCCUAGAGAAGAAGAUGAUUUUGAUUCAGAUGGAGAAAGGAUGCAGGCUCAUGAAAUCAGGAAACUUCGUAAAGAGCUCCAACAGUACAUGAAACAAAUGGAGGAAUUGAAAAAUGAGAGACCUGAAGUCUUGAAGAACAAAGAUAAAAGGCUAAAAAGAAGGAGGGAUGGAGAUGUGAGACUCUCUGAUGAAGAUGUAGACCAGCGGCAAGUGGUGAGAGCUGAAGAACAGGCUGCCCGGUCGGCAAGGAUGCUUUAUGUGCUACAGAGACAGGUUCGGGAAAUUGAGGAUGAGCUUAAUAAAAAGAGAAGAGGAAUAAAACAUACCAAGAAGAGCCAGACUUUGAGUCGUCUGGCAGCAGCACACAGGGGAGCUGUCAGAGCACUGCAGACAUUUGUUAGCCAUGCUCCUCUUCAGCCCAAGGUUGGUCAUGGUUUGCCGCCAAUGUACCAAGAACUGUCUGCCCUCAUUAGACAGUUGUCACUUUUGGCAGCACAGUUACACAUCGGUGGAGAAGAACUCUUUGAUGAGGUGAAGGGAAUUGAGAAUGAGGGAAGAAAGGUCAGUGAGCUCUUUACCAGUUCCUUGCUGGUAUGUUAAACUCUUCAAAACUUACCACAUAUCCUUGUUUAGAACUGUUGAAUUUACAGUUUCUAUCCUGCCAUUUACUGUGAAAAUUCGGUUUUGCAAGUCAUGU